ACACAUAGGGAAAUUCACGGCAAUUUCUCGACAUAGUGGAUUUGUUUCCUUCGCAUGAGAAAACUCAAGUUUUUCGUGAUAUAUUGCGCAAUAAAUAUUGUAGCAAUCUUGACGUGACUGGCAAUUUCUCAAGCCAAGUUAAUGAAUUCUGGUGCAACUUUUUGUGGCGAUGAUUACUUUGUGCAGGUGAAAAGAAACAAUUGCUCAAGAUUCUUCUUUUAUCCUCGAAAAUUUCACUUUAACUACUAGCCUUUUAACAUAUAGCCCUUAUUUUAAGACGUUAUUUUUUCAGAAACAAUUUAAUAUCUUUGAGGAGCAAGCACCUCGAAUUGAUCAAGAAAUAUAGGCAUUUAGAUGCUGAAAUCAUCGCUAUCUGAACACGUCAUUUUGUAGGACGAACUUGAAAAAUUCAGACCAUUUGCACAAUGUACUUCCUCCUAUGCGCUCUUUGCCUGACUUCACUGAUUAUACCGGCUGCUUCUGUCGAAAAUCUGACCUUGAAUUCCAAUCCUAAGCCUGUCCUCCCCCCAGACAAAACUCGAAGCGACGACAAGUAUUUCUUGUCCCCAAAAGUUGCUGAUAAAGAAAUUCGAAAUACAGAAACCAUCGGUGAAGAUGAUAGCAUUGUUUCCAUAAGCAAGGCUGACUACAAAAUGACUUCUACAAGAAAAUUAGAUGACAAGUUUUCUUCAUUGUACAACAAAUUUGAGGACGGUUUGAGUAACCCGGACGACGAGAAUGAAGUGAUCCUACGCUGGGCAGGAAGCUCAGCAAUCAAUAGCCUUGGCGCCGGGGCCUCUCCUGUGGCGCCAGUUCCUUCAUUCCUGCCAGCGAGUCCCCGCAGACCAACUGCAGCUGAACAAAUUCAACGACUUUCAUCUGCGCUGCGCCAACCAAGUGAAGAUGGUGCAUUAAUUGCGACGGUAUCACUCCAACCAUCAUUUGACAACAAACCAUUAAUUAAGACUGCAUCACGCCAACCAUCAUUUGACCACAAACCAUUAAUUAAGACUGUAUCGCGCCAACUAUCAUUGAACAACGACCCACAUGCAGCUUCUCUGCCUCAAUCGUCUGAACACAAAGAACCAACAUCUACUAAUGAAUCAACUUUACGGGAUGCUGCUGGAUCUGUGGAAAUUUCCCGCAGCGACACAGAAGGUGCAAAAGAAGUCUUACGCCGCGUACGCAGAAGUACAAAGGAUGUUCCUGGUGUAGAAGCUGGCGUCGCCGACGGUCCUUUGAUGCGAGUUUUACCUCGCAGUAUCAUGGAAAACUUUGCAGACGAUUUUGAUAAGAGCCUUGCCGAUGAUUAUUUCAAUCAAGAACCUCAUUUCUAUGACAUGUACUAUGACGAUAUCAACAGUGAUAUCUCUACUGGGAACGCAGUUGAUUCGACUCGUGCAAGGAACCUUGACCCUGAUACUACAAAGGAUGGCAGUGCUGACACACUGAACCGUAUUCGCGAUACCGAUACUUUAGCUGUUGAUCGUGAUUUAGAUCGAAAUAUUCUCGAUGUAUUAGACUCUUCUGAAAAUAGGGAGGAUAAACCUCUGAGGAAACGUCCGAAAUUUGAAGGCAGGGACAACGCGGAGCUGGAUUUGAACUCAGUCGACGACACUCUGGAGAUGCGGCUGUUGGGGCCGGAUUUCAAGUCUGAGCUCGGAUUUGUCUUGGAGAAACUCACCAAUGGUUCCCAGCAACGCAACAGGCGCCAUCAAAUUUUCAGGCACCACGAUCCUCGCAGCCGACAGCAAGAGGGGGGCAUCACGGUGGGCAGACCAGAGGGCGAGUGUCCGCCUCCCUCACGUUAUAUUUCCGAGGCACAAUGCAGAGUCGCGCGCUGCGUCGCACACUCAGAAUGUUAUCCUUACAGCAUGUGCUGCUACAACGGCUGUGUCUUUACCUGCGCCCUGCCCAUACAGCCGGCGCCUGCAUUGGACUGGGUGAUGGACACGGACCAGCGUCGUCCAGUCUUGGAGGACAGCGCUGAGUGGGAGCACGAUUACCUUCAGCGCCGACGACCGCUGCCUCGACGCGUGGAGCCGGCGACUCUGUCGUAUGGGACGGCAGGCGAAGAGACGGUCGACCUGCCAGGAGGUUGCGUACUGCCGGCCACCAAGUACGCUGAGCUCAAGCAGUUCAUGACUGCGGACAGCAUACAGGACUGCUUGUGUCGUGAUGGUGAAGUCGUCUGUAUGGUGAAGUCAACACCUCCAGCUGAUGCAACUCGAACGAGGUCAAAGUUAUUAGUGUAGCUUGUUAAUGGCGUUAUACGAGGCUCUAGUUUACUUACAAGUAGAAUCUCGCAUAUUUAAAUUUUAUCAGAUUAACUAUGAAUUUGGAGUGUAUAAAUCUUGUGAGAAUAGAAACGUUUGGCUUUCAAAAUAUUAUGUCACCCCUAAUCUUCCAAUCGGUCCCGUCAAUUGAUGAAAGCAGGUCAAAUUUUAUUUAGAUUGUUUGGUGGAAUCAUUUCGCUUCGUGGCUAGAUGCUUGUAUUCCCACGUGCAAUUGGUCUUUCAAUCUCGCAUUGCAUUUUUAUUUUAAUUUAACAACUUAACUGAAUCUGCUCAUGAAUUGAUGUUCUAAUUGUAUUUGCAAAUCAUAUCAAGAAUAUUAUCGCUAGUUCCAAUUUCCUUAGGAUUCAAUUCGUCGUCCGUUUGAUAGAAGCAGCAUUCUUAUUAGGACUCCCUUCGUAAUAUGUGUGUAUAUACAUUUCGCGAUUUUCUUCACAUUUUUCUCUUUAAGUCUAUCAAUUUCCUUUUACAUCUCCUAACUUGUUUCAUAUGUUUGUGCGUGUGUAAGUAAUUAGUGGCUGAACCCGACCCGCAUUGUUAAUUUUCAUUAACGUUCUUUGAAAACUCUUCCAGUUCGUUCUGAGGCUUCUUGAAUGUACCCAUCAAUCAUGAGUGCAGUCAUUUGGUCUUUCUUAUCGCUGCGAAAUGUAGAAGCAACAUCACGUUUAAUUUGGUUUUGCAUCAAUUUGCGAGUUGUGUAAUACAGCCUGAUUUAGCGCCAAUCAAGUGGGGAAACCCAAUUUGAGACACAAUAUUCAGUAUUGUUUAGAAUUCGCUCGAAACCACUGCCAGUGUAUUAUAGAUUUUAAUAAAUUGUUUAUUUAU